GACAGCCGUCUUUAACUUAUCCCCCCUCCUUUGAGAGAUAAAAAGUCAAAACUUGAGCCCACUUCUUUUGUAGGGGUAGGGGCUUGUCCAUGGCGACUGAGCUUGUGAACGGCCCAAACAUGUCCAUGAAAUCAGAUUGCAUUGAAGACGAUUUAUCGAAGAUGGAGAAUGGGGAGGCCUCAACCACAAACAGUAGUUGCUUUUCGGUUAUGUUCAUCCAAAAGGUCAUAGCGGAGAUAUUCGGGACUUAUUUCGUGAUAUUUGCGGGUUGUGGAUCGGUUGCAGUGAACAAGAUAUAUGGGUCCGUCUCAUUUCCAGGCAUAUGCGUAACAUGGGGUUUAAUUGUUAUGGUCAUGAUUUACUCUGUUGGUCACAUCUCCGGAGCACAUUUUAACCCCGCUGUUACCCUUGCCUUUGCCAUCUUUAGAAGAUUUCCAUGGAAAGAGGUGCCAGCCUAUAUUGGGGCCCAGGUCGUUGGCUCUCUACUUGCUAGUGGCACUCUUCGACUUCUAUUCGAUGUCAAAACGACAGCAUUCUUUGGAACCGUUCCUACUGGAUCAGCUCUUCAAUCUUUCAUUUUGGAGAUUAUCAUUUCAUUUCUCUUAAUGUUCGUCAUUUCAGGCGUUGCAACUGAUAGCAGAGCUAUCGGAGAGCUGGCUGGACUUGCUGUGGGAUCAACUAUAUUGUUGAAUGUGUUUGUUGCUGGGCCUAUUUCUGGGGCAUCCAUGAAUCCGGCUAGGUCCUUGGGUCCUGCAAUCAUCAUGAACCAAUAUAAGGGUCUUUGGGCCUACAUAUUUGGACCACCAGUUGGGACCAUAUUGGGUGCUUUUGCUUAUAACCUCAUAAGGUUCACGGACAAGCCACUGCUCGAGCUCACAAAAAGCGGGUCGUUCCUCAAGAGCCUCUCAAGGAAAUAGACUGACUACAAAUAAUGCCUCAAAAUUACUCUAAUUAGUGUUUUUCUCUUUUUUUUUCUUUUUUUUUUUCUAUUUUUAACUUUUCCUUUUCAA